GGGAGGCUGACGAGGGAAGCCAACCAGCUCGCCGAUAUUUCUACACGGGCUGUCCCAGCGCUCGCAGCAAGGAAGCGCCAUGUUCAAACUGGGCUGCCGGAGGACGUCGCAGCUGCUUGGUGAAGGGUUCCCAGCCUCUCUUCGACCAAAGGUGAGAAAAGGCGCUCACUGGCUGCAGCAUCAUUGUCACGUAGUGCUGCGUGAUUUCAUUGUUCGUUUGUUAUGUUGGGUGGCUCACGUGUCAGAUGUACCGGUUCGGUCUGUCCCCACUCCUGCUCAGAACAGCACACUCCCUCGGCCACACGCCACCCACCCGCCACUGUCAACCACCGAGGAGCCGCCACCUACCUGCAGCCUCCUUCUCUGCCAGCGUCCACACCAGUGCUCAGCCUCAUACUCGACGACAGCACUCUGACGGCAAGGCGGCCGAUACUGAGAUUCUGUCCAUUCACGACGACCCCGGUGCUGAGCCAUUCGACCAUGAGCUGUCGCUGCCCGACGUCACCGAGGAGAACCUUGAAAUCAUUUCCAAGGGCAGGGAUGGCGUCGAGUACCUGUCGGAAGCGCCCUCCAGCAAGCAGCCCAGCUACGCACCAAAGGGCCUCGUCCGUGGCACUUGCCGGCGCCUGUUCAUCAACCUGGUGUGUGUUUUCCUUCAGGUGCUGGGGAUGUGGGCCUUGGAGGACUUUGGGUGGUCGGCGCUCAUCAACUGGAAAAAGAGCACGUUUGUACUGGCGCCCUACGAUAGGCAUACGGUGCCGUCAGAACACAUGCCCCCACACACACAGGCAGCCGAGAGGACGGCCCGUUCUGCUGGCUGACACACCGAGUCGGAAUCGUGUGUGUGGUGUGCGGUGUGUGUGUGUGUGUGGGUGUGGUGGGUGUGCGCUGUGCAUGGCUGGCAUGGAUCGAUUUUACUGAAUUGUGGCAUUGCAAUGCAUGUGGCUUGUCUGGCGUGUCUCGCUCGUCUUGCAUGCCUGCCGCUUUGACCAGUCGGACCAGUCCGGUCGAAGUGUGGAUGGCUUGUACGUGCGUUGGUUGGUUGACUCACUCGUGGGCCGUUGGUUCUUGGUGCUUUAUGUGCUUGUGGUGGAUUCUUUUUCUCACUCACCUUGAUUGAUUGACACACAGCUGAUCGACCGAUGGAUGCAACGCAAUCCAG